AUCGAAACCGAAAGGUGCUAAAUUUAUUAUGUUGGCUAUACUGUUUGGAUUCGUUUUUUGGUCCACGGUGCGCGCAGCCGCGCAAUAUUUCACUCGCAGGUCUGCCGCUGACAGUGCUGUAGUUAGGAAGUAUGUAUUGAUUUUUAUCUCGUCCCUUUUUCGAGUUUUCCGCACGUUCAGAGUAUAUUAUAAUAAAAGUUAAUUUUUUAUUGUUUUACUCGGUCGUUUUUUAAGUUUUAGCUAGUGUUGCGUAUACUCGUGUUCGUGUUUACUGCUUUUGACAAAUGACGCGUUUAUGAGACCUAAUUGUUUUCAGCUAGUCUGUGUAUCCGUUUCGCGUUUCCAUACUGUAAAUAAUGGCUAAGGACAGGCUAGCGGCUCUAAAAGCGGUAUGAUUUUUAAAAUAUUUAUCAGAACAGUAUUUAAAUUGCAUGGAAAUUUCUCAACCUCACACUGGUUGACCUAUUAAUAUUAAUUUAGUGUAUACAAAUUGAUUUAAACUUACGAUUUACCUACUUAACCUACCCACUGGCUAUACCUAGGUAUCUACUGUGGUUAUCAAAUCACUUCAUUUAAGGAAACUGAUUGAAAUAUAGCGGUUUUUAUUUAAUUAAUCAUGACAUUUUUAGGACGGUUAUAGACAGAAUAUAAUUAUUCUUAGCUGAGUAUUACUAAUAAAAUGAUAAUACAUAAAUUAUUAAACUGAAUUGUGCACUUACAUAAUAUCAUUUACAAAUUAAUUUUUGAGUUAGUGAUUUAAAAUUUUAUUUGGAUCAUAACUCGAACAAUUUUAAAUAUUAUUAAUUUACAAACAUAAUUUAGGUAUUCUCUAAAAUUAUUUCAAUGCUUUUUCAAUAUUAGUAGAUAUUUAAAACAAUUAUAAAAUAAUUUCAACGGAAUAUAAAUCUAAAACAAUCAACAAUUUAUUAACUGUUAAAAUUAGAAUCAACCCAACAAAUUUUAAAUUGUUGUACUUUGUAACUUUUAACAUUUAACAGGUAAAGGUAUCUUGGUACCUAUUUAUAUUUAAUUAUAAUUUAUGUUACCUAGUUAUAUAGAUUAGUUUGAUACCUUUAGGUACAUAUUAUAAUAAAUUAAUAUAUUAUUAAAAUAUAUUAUCUCUCUAGGCAAUUAUUAUUCUUUUAUAAAACUUAUGGUAUAUUAUUAGGAUUUAAUACUUAUAUUUUUGAAAUAUUUUAUUCUAUUAUACAAUUGUAUUUAUUUAUUUAAAGUAUUUUAAAAAUGUUUUAACUCUGGGUUUGAUAAUAUCAUAUAAACAUAUUGAACAAGAUGUGUGUGUAUCUAUGUAUUAUAAUAUAUCUACAGGUACACCUAAUCUCAUCUGUUUCAAGACCAUAAACUAUGAUAGGCUACUAAAUAAUAAGGACUAAUGUUUCAAAUCAAAUAUUUUUGUAGGUGAAAUGGGUUAUAAAGUAUUAUAUUUUUAUAGUUAUCCAUUGCUUUACUAUAUACAAUGCAAAAUAUUAACACAUCUUUUAGUCAGGUACAAUUAUAUUGAUAAGUAUUAUAAAUAUUUUAAAUAAAUAUAGAUAUUUUUUAUAUUUGUAUAUGACAUAUCUAUAAAUAUUCCAUGAAGUAUGAGUUAGGUUAAGUUUUACUUUGUAGGAGUUUUUAUGAUAAUAAAUUUCAUAUUUUUCACGGGCAAAACUAACAAAACUAAAUGUAUUGCCUGUCACGCUUUAUGACCAUUUUACAGCGAACUAACCUUUAAGAUCUUCAUCCAUAAUUUAAUCACAUGUAUACAUAUAAUAAAAUAUUUAAUAUUAAAUAGUUAUAAUAUCCAGAGAAUAAUAAUUACCUUAAUAAAUCAUAUUUACUUACUUAUAAACUACAAUUUAUUAAUGCCGAUUAAGUUACUUAUGAAUGGUAAUUAUUUUUUAUAUCAAUAUAUAAUUAAUUUUAAUUGUAUUAAAUAGAUAGGCAGGUAGCCUUAAUUUAACAUGUUAAUUACAGAUAAUAUAAAUACUAGUUUAAUCGAUAAUUUUUUUAUAAUAUUUAUUUUUAAAAUGUAGGCAUUUUAUGAGGUAAAGUUUCUAAAAACAUAUUAAUUUAAAGUAUAAUUUUUUCCUUUUUAGGCUCAAAGUGACGAUGAAGAAGGAGGAGCUGAUGAUGUGGCUGUCAAUAUGGAUGGUCGGCAAGAUGGAUCGGGAGCUGCAUUUAUGGAUAAAUUUUUUGAGGAGGUAAAUAUAUUUCAUUGUAAAUAAUUUGAAAUUAUAUUGUAAACAUUAUUUACCUGUGUACGAAUACUUAAAUCUUGAGCAUAUGUCUUGCUCUUCUCAAUUCUUAUCAUUAGUAUAUAGCACCUAUUUGAGUUUUUAAAACAUUAAAAAUUCUUUAUAUUAAAAUAAAUAUCAGAAAAUUAUACUUGUUUUUCAAAUUGUAUAUGUAAAAAGAACUAUAAGCUAUUACUUAAAUGUUUUUUGAAUAAGCUAUACAUAAUGUAAUUAAGUAUUAUGAUAUAAUUAACUUAGUAAAACUAAUCAUUAUUAUGUUUUGCUACUAAACUUUUAUGAUUUUUAUUAUGCAACAACCUACUACUGUAGAUUCUGCUUAAUGUGGGCACACUGGAACCAGUUAUAUUUGUCCACAUUAAACUGUUGCCCAUUUUAACUGAAAUUUGAAUUGUUAUACAUUAAAAUUAGGACUAGACUAUUAUUUCCAUAUUAAAUGGCUGCCUGCAUUAACCGGUGGCCACAUUAAGCAAAAUUCAUUGUAUUUAAAAUAACAAAUAUAAAAAGUCUGAUUGCGUUUUAACAGGUAUAAUAUACAAAUUAAAAACAAUAAUAAUAACCAGGGCUUGUGACUUGUAGCUCUAAAAAAAGUUAUUAUAAGCGCAAUGAUAUGCUCUUAUAAACAUCCAUAUAAACGCUUAUAUAUGCACUGAAAAUGUUAAAACAUGCAAAAAAAAAAAAAAAUAGUAAAUUUUAAGUAAAAAGUUCACAAGUAAAAACAUUGCAUGAGUAUACAAUCUCAUUUUAUUUUAUGAUAAUUACCGAAAUAUAAAUUGAUAAACACAAAUAUAAUAUUAACUGUAGGAAAUUUUCAUUUUUCUUUAUUGAAAUAACAAUAUAAGCGUCAAAUAGCGUCGAAAACAUAAAAAUUGAGUUAAAACUAAAAAAUGUACAACAAUAAUUUGGAUUUAACUUCCUGGUUAUCCGAAACAAAUUUAUAACUUACUUGGGUGUUACUAGAACUUUUCAAAACAAAUAUGCAAAUGCUACAAGUCAUAAGCUCUGAUAAUAACAAUAUUAAGUAUAGAUCUACAUUGAAGAUAUUAAGGAAAAGUGUGUAAUAUAAAAUAAUACAUUAUUAUUUAAAUUAUUAUAAAUUCAUUGUUUUUUUAUUCAAAGCAAAUAAAGGAAUGAAUUUAUGUUUUUUGUAUGUAAAACAGUGUAUGAAAGAUUUUUUUAGGUAUUAUUAAAUACCAAGAAUAUUUCAAAAAAGUGAUUUUUAAUAAGUCAUUGAAUUUAGGUCGUUCCGAGUUAAAUAAAAUUUAAUUUUAAACUGUUUCAAUUGAUAAUGAAACUAGUACCUACUUAAAUAAUAUUAUUAUCACAUUAAAUUAAUUUAUAUAUUAUUAAUGACAAUGAUAGACUGUAAUGAAUAAAUAAAUAUCUAUUCAUAUUAUAUUAUAUUUGAAAUAGUAGAUGGUUUAUAAAAUAUGUUACUUCAUACAAUUAUAUAAAAAUAAACUCCAACACUGAGCAUACUUAAUUACACUAAAAGUUAAUUGUUUGUUACUAUUCCAUAAAACAAUAUACAUUCAGCUAGUAGUACUUAACCUAAAUAUUACUUACGGAUUCAUAUAGAAGUUUUUUUAUUUAUUCCUAUUAUUCUUUAAUGUUUGUGAAUAUUUAUGUGAUGUAUAAUACUUACUGUAGUUCAUUGAAGGUAAUAUAUGGCUGUUUUGAAGUACAACACGUUUAUUGCUUUAAUAUAUUUGGUAAUACUGAAAGCUAACUUCAAUUUGUAAUAGAACAUUUUUAAAUUAUUAUUUUUUUAUUCAUAAGCUAAAUGAAAAUACUUUAAUGCGUAUUACAAUGUUUAAGACUAAUAGUUUGGUACACACUUAUUGAUGUAUAGUAAUUAAAACAAAUAAAAGAUAAACCUAUUUAAAGAUAACACUUUAUUAAUUAGUGUAGAUAAUUAUAUUAGUGGUUAAAUUGUUUAUCUCUCAAAUAAAACGUUCAUCUUUCGUUUGUAAAUUGUAAUACAUAGUUUUAUAACCAUGAAUUCAAUUUACAAACCCUUAUUGUGCGAUUUUAAGCUUGAGGUAAUAUUUAAUUAAAUUAAAUUAUAGAAUAUUAAUUUAAAUUUAAAUUUGACGUACAAUGUUUUUAUGUUUUAUUAGGUGGAGGGCAUCCGAGGGAUGAUAGAUAAGAUUCAAGCAAAUGUAGAAGAAGUGAAGAAAAAGCAUAGUGCAAUUUUAUCUGCUCCACAAACUGAUGAAAGUAAUAUAAUCAUUUCAAAAAUUAACUAUUAACAAUUAAAUGUUUUAUAAUGUAAAUUAACUAUAGGGUUUUUAAUUUUUAGUAAAAAAUCUUGGUAAUGAAAAUUACAUUUUAAAACUCUUUUUUCAAACAUAUCUCCUAAAUACGCUUAUUAAAGUAUACUAUUAACUCUUUGUUUUAUUAUUAGAAUAAGUUCCAUGUUUCAGGAAAGUUUAUCUAUAACUUUAAAUAGUAUUGAAGAUGAAAUAUCCUUUUAAUAAUAUUGUUUUUCUUAUAAAACAUUUUGAAUUCUUAAUUCAAAUAUAUUAUUUCUAACUCUUUUUUUGAAAAUGUAAAUAAUCUUUAAAAAUAAUUCAAUUUUAUAAAUAUAAUUUUAAUUGAUAAGCCAAUAAAUUUUAAUAAUCAAAUGAAAAGUAGUAUUUUAAAUACAAAUUAGAAUAUACUAAUUAAUUUAUCUACAAUUUUACCCUAUAUUAGAAGUUCUUGAUCAAUUUUAAACAUUUUUUUUUAUGUUAAAAAAUUAAAAUAUAAUUUGUAGAAUUGUGUAUCAGUGAUGCUGAGUUGCAUAAACAACCAAUAACUGGUUAUCAAAUUGUAUAUAUUAAGCUCUUUAUCAAAUUUUCACAAAAAAUUAAUUUUUGUCUUUCUUGAAUAAGUUCUAGAAACAAAAUAUGCUAACUUAACUAUUUCAAGGUUUGGUGGUUAUUCUUGGAUUCAGAAAAAAAUAAGUAAUAUUACGAUAAAACAUCCAUUAGCUUUUCUACUUCUCUUGCGAUUGAAAAAUUUCCCGUGUGAUGGUUGUAUUUAUGGUGUUUAUAAAAUCAUUAAAAACACAAUGUCACAUCAUCAGGAUCACUAUGUAUUUUAAAAUAAAAAAAAUUACCCAUGUGACACAAAAAAAUUGUAUGUAUGUUCGGCGAAAAACAUAAACUUAUAAAAUCUGCCCUAGUAUUGUAUAUAUGACUGAAUAUUGAAAAAUAUUAUAAUAUUUACUUAAUUAUUAUUAUGUUUUUAUUACAAUUUUUUUUUUAUUAAAAUUGCUUUUUGUAUCUUAGCACAUAAUAAUUUUUUUUACCUCUAAUAUAUUUUUGAGUGAGAGUAAUUAUGUAAACUAUUUGUUGUAUGCUAUUAUUAUUUUAUGCACAGAUAAAAUAAGGUCAGUAGAUAUUUGUUGGUCAGAAUAUCACAUGGCUUCUGAUAAACUGUAAAUAGGAAGCUCUACAUAUUAUAUUUAAGUGUUUAAUAUUAAUCUAUAUUUAAAUAUUUUUAAAUAUCUAGAUUUGUUCACUAUUUAUACUUUUAAUUCUAAUUUAUUUAGUUUUUAAAAUUGAAUAUUUAUUUUAUGUUGAAAUAUUUUUUUAUCUCAGUAAAAUAGCUCAAAAAUGUGUGCCUGAUACAUGGUUUGCUAUAACUUGCUAGAAAAAGUUUGUUGUAAUGUAAAUAAAUUUUUUUUAGUUUUGGAAGUUGACACUUUUGAUAACAUUUAUUAAAACUGCUACAAAAUGAAAUAGAAAAAAGAAAUUAACUAUGUUCCACUGAGUAUUUUUUUUUUUUUUGAUGGUUUAUUGUUCCAUUCAUUAAGGUAAUAUGGAAUAAUUACAUAAUAUGGUAUUUAGCUAAUUUUGAAUAGAGAUUAAAAUUUGUCUUCAGUAGUACAAAAAAAAAAAAAACAAGUACCAAUUUUUUUUUCAGUAAUAUAAUUUUAUAUUUAAGAAAACUAACAGCUGUUUUUCUAUUGUUUAGAAGUAGUACUUAAAUAAUGAUUAGAUAAAUGGUAAAUUAAAAGUAUGUGACUUUAUAUUUAAUAUUUUAACUUGCUAUACCUAGUUGGAUAAGAAAUACAUUGAAAAAAUUAAUGUAUCAUACAUUUAGCUAUUUGUAUAGGUAAUUCUGUGACAUAUCCCAUUUAUUAAGUAUUUUUGAUGACUCAUAAAAUGUUCAGUUAACUAUUUUUCAUAACUUUUUUCAAAUGACAAUUUACCGAUAUUUUAUAAAUUAUGUUUUUUCUUUCAUACAUUUCAUAUAUACAUCCCAAACGCUUAUUCAGAAUUAUUACUAUUUUCUAAAUCUUCCGUUAGUUUGGACUUAAGUUUUAAUUUUCAUGUUGGGUUCUAUUAUUGGAUAGCUUCUCCUUUCUUUUAUCACUCAAAUGAAAAAAAAAAAGAUUUAAUUUAAUAUUAUAAACAUUAGAUAUGUUACAAACCCUGGUUUUUAAGGUUGAACUGAAAUGAACUUACACAUUUUUAUUCGCACCAAACUUUUAAAAUAUUUUUUUAACUUUUUAAAUAUUGAAUUCGGACAUUAAAAAGUAAAAAGGUUAUGUGAGAUCAAAAAAUUAGGUUCUCAAACUGCUCAGCUCCAUGAUUUACGAUUAUGAGACCCAUUAAUACGAAAACAAAGCCGCUCUGUCCCACCAUAGAACAUUGUAUUGGUGAUCCUGCAGCAUCGGCAUCAAAUGAUUUUCAAACCAACAUUUUGGGUGUUUGGUUUGGUUUGAUUAUUUGCAAUUUUCAGUUUGAAAAUCAAACAGUGUAUCAGAGCUCUAUUAUUAGCUCUAUUUAGCUUACUAAACUUAGUAAUUAAAAAACAAAACAAAAUUAAAGAUUUUUUUAACAUUUUAAUUAUUCUAUGUAUUAUUGGGUUUAAUAUUAAUAAUUUAAAUUUGUAUUAGAUGAUAUAUAAAUAUUUUACACCAAAUAGUAUUACACCACAGUAUUCAAAUUAUGUGUUCAUAAUUUUUCUCUUGACACAAUCAAGUCAAGAGAGUCAUUGUUAGCGAUAGAUUCAAGUUGUGUCCGCAACAAUAGUAAUAAAACAAACAAUAAUGUGCAAUUCUCAAGUUUAUUCUUAAUAGUAUACAUUUUUAUGGCCAAUUAUUUCCCCUUUGAAAAUAAUAAUUUUUGGUGAAAUUUAUUUUUAGUUUGUUUGGAUGAAAAAAAAAUUAAUUUCUAAUGAUUUUUGUCUUGGAAAAUUUAAGUUUAAAAUUGUUUUUAUCAUUAAUAUUUAAAAAAAAACUUACGAACAUACUUCGCAUGAUGGAUGGGAUUACUGUUGACUGUUUAUUUUGUUUGUCGCUCUUUUAAUUUGUAAAGCAUAUGAAAUUAAGAAAUACAAAAAUCAAAUGUUCUUGAGAAGAUGUUCUAGUAACAUUUGUUAUCUCUGUCUAUUUAAUGAGCAAUAUAGCAUAAAGGUAUUUUCAUAUUUCCAAUAGUACUCAUGGUCUAAUAGAUCUAAAACAAAAAUUAUUUAACAAAAUUAAAGACAAAAAAAAUUUACUAUGUUUUCCCUAGAGGAUUUUUGGAUAUCUUAUUCCUUGAUAAUCUAUUAGUACUUCAAAUUUAAAAAAAAAAAUGUUUUUAUUUUAAUAGAAAAUUGUAUAAUGAAUAUAACCAAAAAUUCCCAUGUGAAAGCAUAGUAAGUGUUAUUUUAAGUUGGUGAAAUAAUUUUUAUUUUAGGUCUAUUACAGUGUUUCCCAAUAGGACGUGUACACAUUGUUAGGGAGGCGCAAAGAGUCAUUGUAUUUAUUAAAUUAUUUGUAUUUUAUAAUAAAGGGAAAAAAUAAGUUUAAUAAUGACUGCGAAUUAGGUAUUGAUAAAGAUACAAAAAUUACAAGCAAGACCAAUUUAUGUGUAGAUACGACAGGGAGCAGUGGCAGUUGAUAUUCAAGUCACCUUAAUGAAUAUUUUUUUUUUUUUUUUUGAAGGGGCAAGAGGUUUUUAAAAAGCUACAAGCGGGAUGUAAAAUAACAGAAGUUGGGAACCACUGAUCUAUUAGAUCCUGAGUUCUAUUGGAAUUACUAAAACACAUUUUUGCUGUAAUGUCCAUUAAAUAGAUAGCAAAGGUUUGCUUUAACUAAUUUUAACCAAUUUAACUGCUAUGAAGCAUAAUUACACCAUUAGUCUUACGGUUCAAUAUUUGAAUAUUUGAUACAUAUACCAUACAGUCUCUCCUUUUUGUACUGUUGUAUGCCAAUAAAGACUCAUGUAAUAUUGACAAAUGAAAGUUUUUAAUACAUUUAUUUCUCACAACUUUACAUAGAUACAUGUUUUUAUGUUAAUUAUUUUGUUGUAUAUGAUUUGGGUAACACAACUAGUGAUAGUUUGUCUUUGUCUAACACACCAACACAUUCGCACACAUUUUCUAUGCAAUGACUAGAUCGGAUUUUGUAAUAAAUUUGAACUAUAAAUAAUAUUAACUUUUUAAUAUGUUUUCAUGAUUAAAUUUUUUAUAUAAUAAUAAAAAAAAAAACCUAAAAAGUCAGAAAAAACUUACUAGGCUUUGUAUUUUGGUUUGAUAUUACUUUAGAAUAUUUAUUAAUUCUUUUUAUGGGACAAUGUUUUUAGUUUCAAUUGAUCAAUGAGACCCGUUAUCGACAUUUUUUUUGGAGUCAUGUAAUAGAAAUUGUAUGAUGAUGCUGUUAUGCAUGUCAUAUUUUAUUAUAGUAGUUAUCUUUGAAAUCAUUAUAAAAUGAAAUAAAAAUAUAUUUAAAUAUUGUAUACGAACAUGACUGUUGAAACUGAUUUAAUGACUGUGGGUAUAAGGGUGUAAGUUAGUUUUUUUUUUCUGAUGGUUUCGUCAGAAUAGUAAAUCGUUUGGUUUUAUGUAUGUUAUAAUGAUAGGAAGUAAUGGGUUUAUUUAGUUGUCGUGUUUAAAUAGGCGUAUAUUUGACAAAGAGAUAAUAAUAUUAUGAUGACACUAAUGUUACUUAUUGUGGACCAGUUUUGAACUCAAAAAUGGUUAAAUAGAAUCUAAAAUGUAGACCAGUUAUAUUUUAUUAUAUCCAUAUAAUUUGAGAAUAUUCUUUCACUAUUUAAAUUACUUCUACUUUGUAAUUAUCAUUAGAUUACUUAACUUAAUUAAGGUAGAUUAAUUAACAAGAAUAAGAGAAUCAAAAUAAAAUGAACAGUAAAUAGCUCAAAAAUAAAUUUUGAUGCUUAUUCAAAUUAAUCUUUUUCUUGAUUUUAAUAACGGAUGUAAUGUUUUGAGAUUUGUUACCAUUUUUAUAUAAAACAAUUUUUUGUCGAGAUAAAAAUAUAACACCAUUGCAAAACCAUUCUAUAUAGUUUAUAACAUUAACUAAUUAUUAAAUUUGUAAUUAAAUUUAUCCUUUUUUUAAGAUUCUUCAAUUAACUAAAAUGAUAACUGUUUUAUAAUUUGAAAUUGUGGAAACAAAAAUAUUAACCAUGUUGUCUGAAAAUUUAUUAAAUUUUGAACUUCCCUAUCAUACUUCAAUUAAUGUAACGUUGAUUUUACAGGACUAAAAUAUUAUUAUUAUUAUUAUUACUAGAAAAAUAUUAAAUACAGCAAUUAUGUUUAUUAUUUAUAUUUAUGUAUAAAAACUUUUUUUAGCUUUUUUUAAAUAAAUUAUAAAUAUAUACAGUUAGGACAGAAACACUCUUGGGCUUCUUUGCACAAGUAGACUUAGUGGGCCCUCAGUAUUCUCAGUCCUCAGUAUUUUGUUUAAUAUUAGAGAAAUAAAAAAUAAUUUAAAUAGGUAGUCUUAAUUUUAUUGAAUUCAACAAAAAAACUUUGGUAAAGUUGGUAUAGGUAUCUAUAGUAUUAAUUUUAAAAAUGUGUUUUACAGUCAGUUUUAUAUUUGUCUGUUUGUAGUGAAAAUAAUGAUUUUAAAUAUAUGAACUAAAAAAAAAUAAUAUAUUAAUACAUGCAUAACUAAUAUUUCUAUUAGAUAAUUGAAUUAUGUCAAUGUCAAUAAUUUAUGUGUAAUCGACUUUAAAUUUAUUUUUUUUUCAAACCUAGUGGAAUAUAAAAAUAUAACAAUAAAUAUUAAAAAUAACAGUGGAUUGAUAAGUUUAUAAUAUUAUAUAUGAGCAAUGGUUAAUGCCCUCAUAAUAUGUAAUAAAGGUCAUUUACAAAAAUUAUAAAAUGAUGUACAAAAAUAAACUGAAUUUAAUAUUAUUUAUAAUUUAAGGACAUUUUUAAUUACAUUUAUCUCCACAAAAUAAUUGUAAUGUAAAAUAUUAUAAUAAACAUUACAAAAAAAAAAAACCUAUACAAUCUAUAGAAAAGCCAUUAAAAUAUAUAUAUUUUCACUCCGGAAAACUUUGAUGCUUGAUUAUUUGUAUAAUAUAAUAUAUAAUUGUGUGCCACAAAGUACAGGGUGAUUUUCAUUAUUGUAAAUUAUCAUUUGUCUAUAUGUACCUAUAGAUUUUAUUUUAAAAACAUUUGAAUUUAGUACUUUCUUGAUUAUUAUAAAAAUAUUUGAAAAAAGAAAUCACAAAGAAUGAUUAGUAUUUAUUGAAGAAUACUUUGAAUUUUUGAUCAUUUUAUAAGUACAAAAAAUAUUAUGGGGGAAAAAAUAUAUUUUUUUUUGUAAUAAAUUAUGAGUGGGUUAAAUUGUGAGAUUUUGAUACCUGUGACGUAAUAUACGUGCUUAAAAAGGUUUAACGUGACUGUUAAAAUUGACGAUGGGUGUUGUAUUAGGUUACCAGUAUAGUAUAAUAUGUAUAUUAUAUAUAUUUUAUUGAUUUUUUAGAUUUUAUGUUCUUAAAGUUAUCUUUUUUGUGAUGUCUGCACUUCAUACAUGAAAAAGGUUAAUAGUAUACUUUUCACAAUGAGGGUGUAUGGAAACUAAAUACACAUAUGGUUUUAUCAUUAUAUUCAAAAGUGAUUAUCCUAUUAUCUUCGUGUAUUUAAAAUUUAAGCAGUUAGAGUUGGUGUUUUAUUUUACUUUUUUUUUAUUUUAAUCUGGAACAUAAGUUUUAUAUUAUUAUUAGGUAGGUUAAUUUUUUUUUCUUGGUUAUUUUUUAUAUUUUUCUACUACCAUUAAUCCAUAGUAAUUCUUAUAAUUACUUAUAUUCUUAUAUCAAAAAACUGUUUAAAUUUAAAAUCAAUACACACCUAAUGGAUAACGUUGUUAUCUCUCAUUUUUAUCAAUGAGUAUAUGAUUUUAUAACUAUAUUCCGUUUACUAGCUUCUAUUCAACAUCACCUGAUGUUGUUCUUUGUUUUUCUUGGACAUGGUUUUUAAUGUGUUUUAUGCUGUGUACAAUAUACACAGUAAGAAUAUAUACUUACAAUAAUGAUAUGAAAUCAUUUAUUUGAAAACAAAUUUGAUUAAUUUUAAUUUUUUUUGUAAAUUGUUGGUUGAAAUUACUUAUACGGAAGUAUAAGUAAGUAUAAGUAAUUCCUUAAAUGUUUUAGGGGUGUGACCUCUUAAUAUAUAUAUUAGUAUACAUUAUAUAGCUACCUCUUAGGAUUGUAAUGUCUAAUUAUAUUGUCAUUGUAUGAUAAAUGGUUAAUUAAUCCAACGAAAAAAAGUUCCACCUCAAAAAAUCCCCAGUAUAUUUUUAAUGGUCAGUCAAAGCACCCUGUUUAAAAAUGUGUAUUAUAUUUUUAUAAAAUACUCCUUAAGCGAUGUUAGUGAUUUUUUAAAGUAAAUGUAAAUGUUGAACAAAUUUAUUUAUAUGGGUAUUCCCUUGUUUAUUGUUAUAAAAUACAAAAUAUAUAUAUAUUUUUUUUUGUAGCCAUUAUGUGUAUACUAUUAUAGUUUGAUGAUUAAAAAUGUAUAGAAAAAUAGUUUUCGAUGUCAAUGAAGUUAAAACACCAUUAUUUAAUACUAAUGUCUAGAGAACUAUUUAAAUUUUGUUACUAAUUAUGGCCUAGAGUAAGGUUUGUAUAGGACAUUUUUUAAAAUCUUUGAAUAUAAUAAAAAGAGGAAUAUUUUGAAACUGCUCAAUGUUUAUCAUCAUUAUUAAAUUUUCAAAAUUUAAUAGUGUUGUAGUUUUGAAAAUAUUCUUUCAUCUAGUAUAAUAGUUUUCUAAGAAAAAAAAUAAAUAAAAAAUUGCGUCUAUAAAUAUUUAAAUUUGAAACAAAAAAUGAAAUCAUUUAGUUUAUUCACUGUAGUAUUAAUCUAGUAUUACGAUACAACAAAUUAUGCGAAUUUAAUGUUAAUGAAUGUUCGAUUGUAAUAAUUUUAAAAAUGAAGACUUUUUUUUGGAGGAGUUUUGGAAAAUCUCAUUUUGAAACACUGCUUCGCACUGUGUGCUUUAUACAACUUCCUCUGAGAAUUCCUUCCAUAUCAUAUUAUGGCGGUAAUUAAUAUACCGUUAUUUACAUAUUGAUUGGCUGUUAUUCGUUAAAUAUAACACGCGCGGGUAUUUCAAUAAGAGUCGAUUUUUUUUUACUCCGAUAAAAAAAAAUCCCGUGUGCCGUGUAAUGUUAUAUCGUUCAAAAUUCAUAUACAAUUAUCGGUUAGGUAUUUAAUUUCUUUUUUGAACCGCGUUUUCGUAUUUGUACGUACACGUAUAUUUCGUCAAUUUAUUUUUUAAUUUAAUUGGUUUUACGAAAUAAAUAUUAUUCCUCUAUGGUAGUUUUUGUUCGUCAGAAAAAUACGCCUUUAAAGUAAUUUGUUGCAGUAUUUUGUUGCGCCAUUUUUUCAUUUAUUAUUAUUAUUUUUUCGAUCAUAUUUCAUACGUUACAUUAAAGGUAUAGUGCGUCUCUUCGCCCGUACUGUGAUUUUAAUCGAUACACCCGCCCUAAACCUCCGAACCUCCUCUCGUUCACUACCCUCUGUCUAAUAUACAGUCUAGUCACCUUGACGACUCGAUGAAUGUUGUCAAAUAAACUCGUGUACUAUUUCGUUGUUUUUUAUUUCUACCCGUAAUUUUAAAAUAAUUGUACAUUCUCUUUCUCUCUCUCUCUCUCUCUCUCUCUAUAUAUAUAUAUAUAUAUAUAGACUUAUUCUCAGGGGUGUAUUAAGGGUCAAUGUAUAGAGAAAAAACCUAUUUGUGCUCACUAAAUAUAUAUAGGUACCAUAGCUAAUAUGUAUAUAUAUAUAUUUUUUACUAUCCACCUAUAUAUACCAUUUACUUCCUCUAUUAAUAUACCUAUUUAUUCAAUUUUUAAAACGUUUAUUUUAAUUACGGAAAUAAAUAAAUAAUAAAAUUAAAUCCACGGUAUUGAAACGGGUCCGGGGGUUUUGUGUGUGUAAUCCCGAGAGAAAAUAUCUUAAACAUUUUAAAUAUCCCUUCCUCCCUAUGAUGCGUGACGCGUAUUCGUUUACUUUUUAUGAAAUAUGUUUGGAUUUUGUAUUUUUUUUUUUUUUCGAAUAUUCGUUAAGGUUUUAAUUGUUUCGAUCGAUAUAGUACUGGCUUACCGCAUCUAAAAAGGGCUAAUAUUAUAUUAUAAUUUUAGUAUUCAGUGAAAAUUUCAAGUCUACGAUUAUUUAUUUUUUAAUCUGGGAUGCCAAACUUGGGGAAAAAAACACACAUUAUAGUAAAACCGAUACAUUGAUUAUCUAAAAAUUGUUACAAUUUUAUUUAACAUUUUAACAUCGUUGACCGUUUUUUAAUAAACAUUUAUAGAUUUUAUUAAUUUAAAUUACUUGUAUAGAUUUUUGGACAUUUUCGUAAUUUCACUUUUAUUUUCAUUUUGUAGUAAAUUUGUAACAAUUAAAUUUUUUAAAAUAUAACGAUUUGACAUUUUUCCAAAAGGUUAAUUAUUAUAACACGUUAUUCUAAUUAUAAUUUAAAAUUUUCGAAUAUCGUAUAGCUCGUUAUUAUUAUUAUUCUUUUUUUUAAGUAGGUACCUAGCUAUUUUAAUGUCAAGUGUCGACGAAUUCGAAGGAUUUCAUAUUGGUUUAUUUUUAGUGUCGUAUAGGUACAGUGUAUAAUACACAGUAUAGGUGUAUAAUGUUAAUUAGAUAGUUUUUAUUAUUAUAUAUAUUUUUUUUUAUUACCUAAUGCAUUCGUUAUUACUUAUAUUUGUAUGUGUGUAUGGAAUUGAAUAAGUUGGUUUUAUUAAAUCGAUCGUGGUAUCGAGACAUUAUUUGUUUGAAUACCGGACAUCGUCAUAUCAAGACCAUUAAUAAUUAGUGGCCGAAUUAUAAUUUGGGCGUUGGAUAGGAAUGGCGUAGGUCUUUGGUCUCGGUUUCUGUCAUUAUCAUAAAAGUCUGUGUUUUUUUUUCACCCCGAGAUGAAUAAUUUUUAAGGAUUAGUUUGUUUUUACGCAAUUCCAUUUUUUUUUUUUUUUGUUAUUAAUUUACUUAUGUAUAACCAUAGAUGUUAAAUUCUAUAACUCGAAUUCGUAUUAUAAUAGUAUAAAAUAAACUAUUGUAGUAUAUCAUUCCACGUUACUUUCAUUUAUUUUAAAAAAGAAAUCAUCUACUUGAAAUUAAUGAUACCGAAAUUCCAAUUAUUUGGAAUUUAGUCUCUCUUUCGUCCGCUAAUAAAUACAAAUUGAAAUGAAUACCUACCCAAACGAAAGUUAUAAUAUCGUACCAUUUAUUCUGUGAUCAGUCUUAUGAUUAUAGACUUCGAGGAUCUGCCAAAAUGUCUAGUUCUAAUAAACUACAAGUUUUCCAAUUCCUAAUUUUAUCUACAAUCAAAUCUAAACAAACGUUUUUGAAAGGGUCUCCGUUACCAUAUAAAUCAUUUGACUGCUGAUUUAACGUUCCAAAAUCUCGUAAAUCUUCGUUACCAAUAAAGGAAAUUGUAUAGGUUACACUUAAAUAUUGAAUUAACAAUUUUCUACACACAUAAGGCAUAGGAGGCAUGUCCAUUUAAUAAUUUGAAAGAGUUAUUAAAAUAUAAUAUGCUUAUUGUAUAAAUAAUUAUGGUACUUGUUUGUUAUUGCCCCGCCAGUACGCCGUUAAACAUUUAUCGCCCCGUCAUUUCUAUUAAUUCCACGACGAUUUUUAUUUCCCCAUUUAACAGAACCCCACACCCUCUUGAUGUUUUGGGUGUGUGCCCCUGUGUGCGGAUCAACAAAAUUAUGGAUGUGGUUAACAUUAUUAUGCUGGAUUCCCGCUUGCUGCAAAUUAUUGUAAGCUUUCCAACAAUCUGAUAUAAUUAUUGAGUUUGAUUUUCUAUAUUUUUGUAUUAUAGGUAAUAAUGUUUUCUCCUGUUCUAUCAGGUACGCUAAUUAUAAAACACGCUUUGGUUUUCCGACAUAUUCCACCGAAAAUCCAUUGCUGUGGCAGAAUACGUCCAGCAUUAUUUUUUUUUACGCAAAAUAAUUUUUCAUCUAUUUCGAUAAAAAGAUUGGGACCACCAAUUUCUUUAUUUUAAUUAUAUUCUAACUUCCAUACAUAUACUUCACGUAGAUAAUUACUCCAAGCUACUACAGCAUUUUGUCCUAUUUCAAAUUCACGUUUAUAAAAUGUUACUUUAAGACAUUUCUCGAGCCCUGUAGUAUAUAAAAUGGACAAUUGUGUGCAUUAGUAGUCUAGAACCAGUUAGCCAAUUAUUUACUCUUAAACCCUUUUCCUUCCAGUUACUUCUUUUUUGACAUCGCCAUCGCGGUCCCAUAAUAAAUAGUAUGUGGCCAUUUUUCACACAUUUCACUUUAGUUACAUAUUUUUUUUGUAAAAAUGUAAUUCCAGUAUCCGUUAUUUAAAUAAUAUAACAAAAUAGAUCAUUUAUCACGAUAAUUAUUGUAAGAACAAUAACGGCACACUAAUGCAACUUUAUGGCUGGGCAAUACAUUUUUGACGGCGUACUGGCGAGCCGAUAAAAAACACGUACUAUAAUUAUUUGUGCACAUUGUAAUUCAGACGAUAUGUGCUGUGUGAGUUCAACUAACGGGCGACAAUAAAGCAAAAUAUACCUUAUGUAGACUAUAAAAUUCGCUUUUGGUUUUAGAGUAAAACCGCCAACUAUGAAAUUAAGAAAGGAUAAUAUUCUGGAGGGCAAAACUGUGCGUUUUUUUAUAUUAAUCCGAUUAUACGUUCAAUACAUUCAAUCCGUUCAAUACAUCGUUUUUAAAUUACUAUAAUUUUUCAAAAAAUGAAUUUAAAAAAAGAAACGCAUAGUCUUGCCCUCCGGAAUGAUGUCUUCUUUUAAUUUUAUAAUUUGUGUUUAUGCUCUAAAACUAAAAUUGAGAGAGCUUUACACAGUCUGCAUAAGGUAUAUUUUACUUUAUUGCUCGUUCGUUGGACCGAGACAGCAAAUGUGGGGCUCUGGUAUAACGUACUCUUAAUGGGAUAAGUAGUUAAAGCAUGUGCCUCAUUUUUAUGCGUGUUUAUUUCGUUUUUUAGGUAACAUUAUACUUGUGAUAUGUGAACAUAAGAUGGGAUGGAAUGGGAUGUCAGCAGUUUGAUUCAAUUAUUUUAUAUAUAUAUAUAAAUAUAUAUUAUUAUGACAUAAUUAUAUAAGGGUUAGUCAUUUGCUGAGAAGGGGUAGGGAGGUCUAGAAAGGCCAAAAAUGUGCUUACGUAAUACUUAAACAGCUCCCUUUGAAAUAAACUAAAAUAAAUAUGGCAAGAUUAAUUAUUAUUGUCAUGAAAGACUAUUUUAAAUGAUUAUACAAAUCGUAUUAAUUUAAUUAUUGUUAUUUUGUAAAUUUUGUUGUAUGUAUAACAUGUUUUAAUUUACUCAUUAAUAAUUGUUUAUUAAUUAAAGAUAACUACUUGUUUUAUUAGAAGUGAAACAAGAACUGGAAGAUCUAAUGGUGGAUAUAAAAAAAACUGCGAAUAGAGUCCGUGCCAAACUCAAAGGUUGUAAAAAAAUAAUUUAUAUAUGUUUUUAAAUUAUGUUCUAUAAAAGUUUAUUUUUUAUUUUUUAUUAGAAAUUGAGCAGAAUAUAGAAGCAGAAGAGCAAUCGAACAAAUCGUCAGCAGAUUUAAGGAUACGUAAAACACAACAUUCAACAUUGUCACGUAAAUUUGUUGAAGUUAUGACAGAAUAUAAUCGCACACAGACAGACUACAGAGAACGUUGUAAAGGCCGAAUUCAAAGACAAUUAGAAAUAAGUAAGAAUUUUAUGCUCCUUAGUUAAUAUUAAUAAAUAUAUUUAUAUUGCUUUUUUUAGUCAACUUAAUUGAUAUUUGUUUUGUAUAAUACAAUUGAUGUUUGAAAUAGAGUAUUACAAUUACAAUUAAAAAAUUAUUACCAUUAUUGAUUUUUAUUAAUUCAAGUAUUUACACUUUAGCGGGAAGAACAACUACUAAUGAUGAACUCGAAGAGAUGUUAGAACAAGGGAACCCGGCUGUGUUCACGCAAGGCGUAAUUAUUUUUUUAUAAUAUUGUUGUUAAUUGUUAACAUUGACAUUUGUUUAGAUAAUUAUGGAAACACAACAAGCUAGACAAACGUUGGCUGAUAUUGAAGCUAGGCAUGCUGAUAUUAUAAAACUAGAGAACUCUAUUCGGGAACUCCACGAUAUGUUCAUGGAUAUGGCUAUGCUGGUAGAAAAUCAGGUAUGUAUACUCAAAUAUAAAUUGUAUUAUUAUCCACUUUUAAAUUCUGAGCGGAGUGAGCCAUCUAUUAGUUAAACAACAUUUUAUUUUUAUUUUGUUCUCUUUUCAAAGAAAGAGAUUUAUAAAAUGUCACUUCUUUUGAUAAAUAGACAACUAAAUACAUAUUAAGCUAAUUUUAAAUUUUUGAAAAAAAAUAAUAAGAAAAUAGAAUAAAAUAUAAUGAAAUUAUUUUUAAUAUAAAUUUAUUUUAAUUCAGAAAAUAAUAAUUCUUGAGACUUUUUAUAAGCAUUUGAUGUAUAAUACAAUUUUUAUUUCAUGAUUAUAUCUAUUGUUUUUAGAUUUAGAUUAAUAAUUAUAUUUAAAAUUUAUAUUUAGGUAGUUUUAUUUAAUUUUGUAAAGGUUAUAUACAAUUAAUUUUUUUUAUAUUCAAUACAUUUCAAAAUCUUAAUAAUUUUAUUUUUAAUCUAUCUGUGUAGUUAUUAUAUUUUUAAAAUGUCCUAUUAGUUGUCAUAAAAUAUUUUACUAGUUUGCAAUACUCCGCUCUGAAUUGUUAGUUUACCAUUAUAAUUAAAAAUUCUAAAUCAUAAUAUAAUAUUUGCUCGUAAGUUGUGACAAAAUGAGUAAAGAGAAGAAUGAUUAUCACUUCAAUAUUUUAAUCUCAGAUACUAGUCAUCACUUUCCUAAAUUCAUAAAGGAUUUUUGAAUAAUCGUAUGUUACUAUUAUUUUUAUUUAUUUGCUAAAAUGUAUUACUAAAUGUUUGUAAAUAAAAUUGAAACUUUUUUUAACCAAUAGUUUUGUUAAACUAAUAAAUGUAUUUAUUAAAAAAAAAAAAAAAAAAACCAAUGUAGGUGUUCAAUUUAUUUAAACCUUAAAACAAUUAAAAUUGUACCAAAAUAACAAAAAAAAAUUAUAUAAAUAAGUUAUUGUAAAAUGUUAUUAAUAUAAUACGUUUGUAUAAUAUUUGCAUAAUAAAAAUACAGUUAAGUUUCCUAUUAAUUUAUAAAUUAAAAACAAUAAAAAUUAGGGUGAAAUGAUUGAUCGAAUUGAGUAUCAUGUUGAACAUGCCGUGGAUUAUGUUCAGACGGCAACUCAAGAUACUAAGAAAGCAUUAAAAUAUCAAAGCAAAGCGAGAAGAGUAAGUCAAAACAUGUAGAUGUCUGCAUUAGUCCCGCUCGCUUUGCUGUAUGCAUAUGUUUGUAUUUUUGUAGGUUUUAUUGUCUAUUUAAUGUUAGUUUGUAUUUUGAAUAAUUUAUGUUUUAAUAGUAGUUUUUUAUUGUGAAGUAUUCGUUUUCAUAAAUAAUUUUUUUUAAUAUUAUUUAAAAUACUAGAUACAAAUAAAAAUAUUGACACUUGAAAAUAAUUUAUUAUUUUUAAAUAUUAGAUGAUUAAUGGUUUUACAUUUUUUAUUUAAUUUUUGUAUUUAUAUUUUCAAUGAUACUAAACAUUUUUUUUAUUUUAUUUUGUUUUUCCUUUUCAAAACUUUUCGCUUGAUUUUGUUUUACUAUUUUUUGCGUGAAUAAUUUUGGGAUUUUCAUAAUUAUUUUAUAAUUCCUUAUCCCAAUCAUGCUCCACAAAAAAAUAUUGUCCAAAAAAAAAAAAAAAUAAACCAUACAGGGUGAACUUAUUGAUAGAAUAGAAUAUCAUGUACAAUUCACUGUUGAAAAAGUAGCUGAAGGCAAAAAAGAAUUGGAUGUUGCUGAAGAAUAUCAUAAAAGUUCCAGAAAGGUAAGUUAUUUAUCAUCAUAAAUAAACUAAACAAUAUAAUUAUAUUUUUCAUUGAGAAUAAAAAUAUUUGAUAUAAAAUACAUCUAGGUUUAGUCAAUAGAAUAUAUUAUUUAUUUAUACUUUCAUAUAUAUAUUUAUAUAUAUUUUAUAUUCAGACAUUUUUAUUAAUAUAUUAACAGUAUAAUACUAUAAUAUAUUAUGAAUUUAUAUUUUCAAUGUUUUUUUUUAAUAUAACACAACAUUAGAAUUCCACGUUACAGUUAAUAUAUAUAAAAAAAAGGCAAGUCUAUUGUUACAUUAAACCAAAUUAUAUAAUUACUCGUAUUUUUAAUAAGGGGUAUAAAGCAAAAGAUAUUAUUCAUUUUUAUUAGUUAUAGUUUAGUUUUGUGUAUUGUUGUAUUUAAAUGAGUAUUGUAUAUGCACUGUUUGUUUCAUUGUUUGUGAAAACACAUAUUUUUUUUGCUUUUGCUAUUAGCUUUCCCAUUUUUUUGUAUUUUAGAAUAUUGUUUGUAAAACGAGUGUUAAUUAUUUUACCCUACUAAUGUAUAUUUGUUUUUAAUUCUUUAGAAGAAAAUCAUGAUUCUGAUAUGCCUGACAAUUCUCAUUGUUAUUCUUGGUGGAUUUGUGAUGAGUUUUCUUCCUAAGCUCCCUUAAUAUUUAUAUCCAAAUGAAAACAAGUAAGAUCAGAUUCAAUUUAAAUUUUUUUUUUUAGUAUUUUAAUAUAAUUCUAUAUAUUCAAUUUAUAUUUAAGGUAUUUAAUUUAUUUACUGUGAUACCAUAAUAUUAUACUAAUAAUAUAUAUUAUCAGGGUAGGUUUUAAUAGAUUUUUUCCCCUGUGAUAUUACAAUUGCAGUUCUUUAGAAGUCAUAUUAUUAAUGGUAAAAUAAAAUGCUGCAAAUUAAUUUUUACACUAAAUUAAAACAGAAAAAAAGUAUAAUUAAAAAUUGUCUGCAUAGUUUAUAUUUUUACUUAUCUGAUUCAGUAUAAAAUUAUAUUACAUGAUAUACUACACAUUUUUCAGAUGUUCUUUUUAUAAUUAACUUGCUAAUAAUUGCAAUAGCAAAAAUAAUAUAAGUAGGCGUAAGAAAAAAUUUAAAUAGUACACUUUUUUAUUUAUAGUAGUAAUUUAUGGAGAUUUUUUCUUCUUUUAAAGAAAAUGUUUUUUAAAAAUUCAUUCUCUGCGUGUAACUUAAGUUUAAUUACAAAUAGUGCUAAAAUGUUGGGUGUGUUAAGUGUGUAAUACUUGAACAUAUAUAUAAUUUUAAAGGGUCCACUGUUCGAGAAAGAACAAAAAAACCUAACUGGGUUAUUAUAUACAGGCCUGUUUAUAUCUACUUUGUCAUGUUUUUUAUUUUAUUAAAUUCCUUAUUAAAAUUGUGUUGUGUAUAAAAAAUUUUCGUAAGUGAUUUCACCAAAUUAAAUAUGAAUUUUAAUUUUAUCCGGUAAUUUUAAUAAUAUAUACUUGAAAAUUAUUUAUUUAAUGUUAUAAAAUUGUAUUAUUUUAAUGAAAUAUUAUAGUAAAAUUUUAUGUAAAUGAUUUAUUGUUCCAAAUUUACUUUAUAAUUUUUAAUAAACUUCUCUAUAGAAAUUGUAUUUUCAAGUAUGAUCAUAAUUUCUUUCAUUAUUAAUAUUAAUUAAUAAACCUGAACGUUUUGUACUACGUACUUUGUCAUGUAUAUUAAUAUUCUUAAUUAAAUCUAAUCAUAUCCAAUUUUAACGAAAUCCAUGUCAAAAUAUUGCAUUUUGAACUAUACCAUAUUACUAAUAAUAAAUUGUAACCCUUUACACUUAUUAUUUUAACAUAAAUAUUUGAUAUAUUUUAAUUUAAUAUUACAAUGAAAAACUUAAAAUAUGAUUUACAAAGAACCUAAUAUAUUUAUAUUAAUGUUUAUAAGAAAUUAAAAAUGGCUGCUAGACCUUAAAUAAAUAUAAUAUUUUCAGAUUCAAUCAUUAUUGAUUAAAAGUUGGCUUAUCAUUUGGUUAUAUGGUAAUGUUUCCCGGCAUUUUAGCAAAAGUCAAACUUAAAGUUUUAAUAAAACUAAUGCAUACAAAAAUGUUUUAAAAUGCUAUCUUAAAUAAUUAAAUAUAAAAAUCCAAUGAAAUAUUAAAAAAAAAAUAUUGAUUAGUUACAAUAAUUUUAGAAGACCGUAAUUUUCUGAAAGGAAAUUAUUAGUUAUUUUUUAUAUUAAUUUGUAAAGUAUAAGCCUGUUUGUGUGUUAAAUUAUAUAUAUGUAUUAUAUUUUAUGUGUUUUAUUUAAAAAAAAAAAAAAAAAAUGUCUUUAUAAAUUUACAGAGCAAUUAUUUGAUGGGUACAUCCAGCAAAGCAGUCACUCAAUACAUACUAGUUCUUCGGCUUGUAAAGACUGGAAUAGCAUACUAAAACAACAUUUUAUUUAUUUUAUUUUGAUUUCCUUUUCCUGCCUUAAAAAAAGAGUAAUAUAAAAACCAUGGGCCAUUUUGGCCAUGUUUGAGUUAUUAUUUUGCUGUCUGUCCUGUUUUAAAAGUAACUAUAUUAUAAUAUUUAUUGUUUUUAAAGACCUCUUUCUUAAUUAUUAUAGUUAUAUUGUUAUUAAUUAAAUUAUUAGAUUUUUAAAAUCAAUUUAUAUAUCUAUAAAUAAUAAUUAUUUACUAUAUAUUUUAAUAUAGUCAUUCAUGUGAUAAUUCAUUAAGAUAUUCAAACAUUUUGGCUUCCUCGUUUUAUUAUUUUAUCAUUUCUGCAGUUUGAUGCGUAGGUGAAUUGGAAACAAUGUCAAUUUUUAAAAAAAAAAAAAAUAAAAAAAAUAAAUAAAUAAGAAAAAAAAAUAGUUGUUUUGUUCUACUUAAGUAUUAUUCGUCAGUAUAUGCUUUAGAAGGACUAUUGUACUUCAUUGAUUUUCGAAAUUAUUUUAUUUUAAUAUAUUAUACUAGUUAUAGACGAUGGUGAAUCCCAUAAUAGUUUUAACUCAAUAAAAUACCUUGGGAGUAAAUAGUCAUCAACAAUACCAAGCAGUAAUUUAGACCAUAAAGCUUAUUAAUAUUCUAAAAUGCAUAUUAUUAUCAAUAUUAAUAAUGUACAUUAUCUAUGUAUUAUUAUUGUUAUAAUUCUAAAUUAAAUAUAUAAUAUAUAUUUAUUUAUAUAUAUAUAUAUUUUUUAAAUAUUAUAUUUUCAUUUUUAAUUUAAAUUAUUAGUCUCCUUCAUAAUUUUAUUAAAUAACUAAUAGUAUUAAUCAUUUUAUUUGGAUAAUAUAAACUGUUGGAAAUUUUUAACUACCUACCCUUUAAAGUUUCAGGAAAUGUUUACAUGAUAUAUGGGUUUUUUUUUUAAAAAAAAAAAAAAAAAAACAUAUAUUUCGUAGAUCUCAUUUUACUACUAAAUUUUAACCAUCUUUACAUUAAAAUGAAAAUCGCUCAACAUAUUAUAUUAUUUAUUGCUGAGAAGUAUUUAUUCAUUUUUUUUUUUAUUAUUUAUUUUUUUUAUCAUCACAUCUUGUUUGACAAUAUUUUGUCUUCUCAUAUUAUUGUUUUUUAAUUUUCCUGUAUAAGAGUGUUACCUAUUUUUGUUUUAAUUACUACUAGUAUUUUCGUAAUUAAUUUUUUUAAAACUAAUUUAUCAUUAAAAAUGUAAUUUUAAACAUAUUUGGUACUAUGCUUUUUUCUUAAUAUUCUAUGUUUUUUAGUCUCAUUCGUAUUUACAGACUUUUUUACUAUGUAUUUUAAAUUAGAAAAACGUUAAAUACAUACAAUUUUUAUGUAAAUACAUUUAAUUAUAUACAUUUUUUGCCAUAUUGCUGUUAUUGUGUUCUAAUCAAAUUACAAUAAUAAUAAUUAAUACAAUUUCUAGGUAUAAAAUAUAGACUAUUUGAUUAUAAUACAUUUCAUAAUAUUUUUCUCUUUUAUUUAUUAUAUUUUUGUUAAUGAUAAAAAUGUAAACACAUUUUUAAUCAGUAUACACAAUUUUAUAGAUUAGAGGACUUACUUUUAUUAAUUUAUUUUUUUUAAUUAUAGUAUAUUACGAGUAUAAAAAAAAAAAGACGAAUGUACAGUGAAAAAAAAUUGUUUCUUGUUAAAUUUGUUGAUCUUUGCCUAUAAUUGUAGUGAAGAUACUAAUUUUUUUUUUUAUAAUGUUUAAGUGUUAAAAUUGUAAAAAUAGUGCAAUUUAAGUCUUUUUAAUAAAACAAUUUGUUUUUAUUAGUUAUUAAGAGAGCAUUUUAUUAAAUGAUACAGAAAAUCAUCA